ACAAAGAAUAAAUUUUACAAAAUUAAUUUACUUUGAAAUCAUUUUUUUCACUCCAAAACUAAACAAAUCCUAAAAUGACAUGUAAAAAAGGCUUCAUCACUCCAAACAUAGUACAAUGAAGUCUGAACUACACGACACUCAAUAUCGCUAAGGAUGCCGCUACGACAUUUUACCAAACAGAUAAUGUGGGACAAAAUUUGCAGGUGGCAACGCCGUGUGUUCUCCACCGUAACACGAACACUAAGCAAUGAAGACGGUGUCGAGUUUCUUCCCAAAAUUCCACACUUUACUCACACUCCAGCUCCCUACAAUGGCCCUUCAGCAUUCCAUCUCUCAAAAAGAAGAAAACAGUAUCUCCCGACUUUCAUUGACACCUUUUACACUCACCCGUUAAAUCUGGUGGAGGGUAAAAUGCAAUAUGUGUAUGAUGAAAAUGGUAGAAGAUACCUUGAUGCAUUUGGUGGAAUUGCUACUGUUUUGUGUGGUCAUUGUCACCCUUAUGUUGUUGAAGCAAUUGUUAAUCAGACGAGGCUUUUGCAGCAUACUACUGUUCUUUAUUUGAAUCAUGCUGUUGUUGAUUUUGCUGAGGCACUUGCUGCUAAAAUGCCUGGAGAACUUAAGGUUGUUGUCUUCACAAAUUCUGGGACAGAAGCCAAUGAGUUGGCUUUGAUGAUGGCAAGGCUGUACACUGGCUACCAUGAUGUCAUUUCCAUAAGAAAUGGUUACCAUGGAAAUGCAACCUCCACAAUGGGCGUCACUGCUCAGUUUUUUUAUAAGUUUAAUGUUGUGCAGACAGGAGUUCACCAUGUCCUUAACCCGGAUCCGUACCGAGGAGUUUUCGGUUUGGAUGGAGAAAAAUAUGCAAAUGAUGUUCAAGAGGUAAUUAACUAUGGAACUUGUGGUCAUGUAGCUGGCAUUGUUGCUGAGGCCAUUCAGGGAGUAGGUGGAGUGAUAGAAUUGGCACCAGGUUACUUGCCAGCAGUUUAUAGCAUCAUCAAAAAAGCAGGAGGACUCUUUAUAGCUGAUGAGGUUCAGUCAGGCUUUGGUCGAACUGGUAGUCAUUUUUGGGGCUUUGAGGCACAUGGAAUUCUCCCGGAUAUUGUUACAAUGGCAAAGGGAAUUGGAAACGGCGCACCUAUUGGUGCAGUGGUAACAACACCUGAGAUUGCAAAAGUUCUGAAAUACGCGUGCUUUUUUAGCACAUUUGGAGGAAAUCCUGUUUCUACUGCUGCUGGAUUAGCUGUUCUCAAUGUGAUUGAAAAGGAUAAACUUCAGCAAAAUGCACAUGUUGUUGGAUCAUAUUUAAAGGACCGUCUUAAGUCACUUAUGGAAAAGCAUGAGAUAAUUGGAGAUGUGAGGGGAAGGGGAAUGUUGCUAGGAGUUGACCUUGUGAAAGAUCGGCAGCUGAAAACUCCUGCGAAAGACGAAAACCUGCAUAUCCUUGAACAGAUGAAAGAUAUGGGAGUACUAGUUGGAAAAGGUGGAUUUUAUGGAAAUGUUUUAAGGAUUACACCUCCACUUUGCUUCACUAAGGAAGAUGCAGAUUUUCUAGUAGAUGUGAUGGACUAUACAAUGUCAAAGAUGUGAAGCAUAUGCAAUAUCAAAGUUCUGGGAGAUCCAUUAUUAUUAUUAUUAUGUGUUUGUAUCACUUACUAUUCCCACCCUAUUGAGUUUGAAGCCACUUGCUAAACAAACGCAUCAUAGUCUAACUGUUAUUUGACUAACUGUCUCAAGAGGAAUGAUGACUUCACAACAUUCUUUCAUGUAUCAAAUUGUAGCAAUACUAAAUGAAUGUGGGACACUCUUAAAAUGAUC